AUGUCAAUCGUCGGAAUCAGCUGCCGAUUUCCCGGUGGUGCAAACUCAAAAGAUUCGUUUUGGGAUAUGCUGCUGGAAGGUCGAUGUAGCAUUGGCUCCUAUCCAACGAACAGGCCGGACGCAAGGGAGUUCACAGAUACGUAUAAUUCUGGAAAGAACACGCCAGGGAAACAUUAUGUUCUUACUGGUUCUUUUCUUGAAAAUAUUACAGGAUUUGAUGCUCAGUUUUUCGGAAUAUCCCCAAGCGAGUGCCGUUCAAUGGAUCCCCAACAGCGAAUACUUCUUCAAGUUGUCUUUGAAGCGAUUGAAGACGCUGGCAUACGUCUUGAAGAAUUACAACAAUGUCGAACUGGUGUUUAUGUUGGGUCGAUGAACACAGAAUACGGCGCUCUUGUAAUGGAUCCGUCAAAUAUUCGAAAAAUCGAUCACUUCUCUUCUACUGGCUCUGCCUUGUCAGUAAUAGCUAACCGCAUUUCUUUUUCGUUGAACCUAACCGGUCCUAGUUUAGCGAUGGAUACAGCUUGUUCUUCGUCUUUGGUCGCAUUGGACAUCGCAUUUCUACACUUACAAAAUGAUGAAUGUGACGCAGCGAUAGUGUGUGCGCCAAACAUACUUCUCGUUGGAAAUAAAUUUCACACGGCAUGCUGUAGAACUGGGUUAUUAGCCGAAGAUGGUCGUUGCAAAAGUUUUGACAUAAAAGGAGACGGAUAUGGGCGGGGUGAAGGUGUGGCCGCAAUCAUAAUUAAACCAACCCAAACAGCUUUAGAUGAUAGAGAUAACAUUUAUGCGGAAGUUGUAGCGUGUGGUACGAAUAACGAUGGUCAAACAGCAAUCCCAAUGACAGCUCCUAGUGAGGUAACACAAGCCGCUUUGUUUGAAAGAGUCCUUCGAGAAUCUGGUUUGUCUAAGGACGACAUAAGUUACGUGGAAGCACAUGGUACUGGUACAGCUGUUGGAGAUGUGGUCGAAAUGGGAUCACUGGCAGACGUUUAUGGUAACAGCAGUCUCAGGGUACUUCGUGUAGGAUCGGUGAAAUCGAACAUAAACCAUACGGAGUCAACAGCAGGUUUAGCCGGAUUAAUCAAGGUAUGUCUUAUGAUAAAACAUGCUCAAUAUGUCCCGACUGUUAACGUGCAUCAAGUUAAACCGCAGCUUAAAAUGUCUGAACGCAAGAUGGUAGUUCAAGUGCGUAAUGAACCUUGGGAAACUGAAGAUAAUAAACCAAGAACUGCCGCGGUCUCUUCGUAUGGUUUCGGUGGUGCAAAUGCCCAUGCGAUUGUCAGAGAAGUUACUCAGAAGCCAGCGACUAUUGUUCCUAUGAAAACUUCAUGUAACCGAGUUCUGACGCUGUCAGCGGCGUCGAAAGAUGCAUUGAGAGUAAUGGCUAAAAAAGUGUCCCAAAUACUUGAGAAGGAGUUUGAUGACGUUGAGCUUCUUAAAGAUGAUCUUUGUUAUUCCCUCAAUGAGAGGUACACCAUGCAAUCACACCGCUUGGCGAUUAGUUUUUAUUCAUUGAAAGAUGCAGCGAGAGGCUUAGAUAUGUUUGCCAGCCAGACCAAUGGAUGGGAAGAGUUAGUUGCUACCGGCGACGUUGUUAAACCACGAAAUAAAGUUGUAUUCCUCUAUGGCGGUCAAGGCACCCAGUGGUAUGGUAUGGCAAAAGAAAUGUUAGUUCACGAGCCAAAUUUCAAGGAGAGCAUUGCAAAGAUUGAUGCACUUCUUAAAAAAUACAACGCUCCUUGGUCCUUGACUACGGAGCUCAACAAACCCGAGGAAGCCUCCCGACUUGAUGAAAACCCAAUUGGACAGACGGCAUUGUUUGCCUUACACUUUGCUUUAACCGAGCUACUGAAUUCAUGGGGUAUACGACCGUCUGCCGUAGUUGGUCACAGUCUUGGAGAAAUAUCGGCAGCUUGGGCGUCCGGCGCAUUGCCUUUAAAUAAAGCAUUGCAAUUGGUUCUGUUUCGUUCUCAACUUCACGAAAAAUGUUCCCCAACAGGCUGUAUGGUUGCCAUCGGCAUGUCAGAAGAAGACGUGCGACGUAUGUUGCAAGAUCUUCAAUUGGAGGAUGAAGUUGAUGUUGCUGUCGUUAACAGUCCUGGUAAUGUUGUAUUAUCUGGGAACAAAAGAUCUUUAGAUAUUGUUGAAAACCAUGUAUCAAGUCAAAAAGGAGACAUAUUUUUGAGGAAACUUACUACAACACGAGCGUACCAUAGCCGUGAAAUGGAUGAAAUAAAGCAAGCAUACUUUAAACUCACAAGUAAAUUCAACGUUCGUCAAACUCAAAGCGAUAUACCAUUUUAUUCAACUGUUACUGGCUCCCAGUUAUCUGGUCAUCUCCUGUCACUCGAGCAUUGGUGGUGUAACAUUCGUCAAACGGUUCAAAUGGAGUCAGCAUUGAAAAAUAUGUUUUCCGAUGAUCACAACUUCUUCAUUGAAAUUAAUGCAGCGCCUCAGCUUUCGCACCACGUUCGUCGAACUUGGUCUGACAGUCAUCAGUCAGGAUCUCUGAAAUCGAAUGACAUCGUUGUUGUUCAAACUCUGUCAAAACGAUCAGUCGUUGGUCAGCACUUGUCAUUUCUUCAAAAUUGUGUGGCUCGUCUCUUUGUGAAUGGUGUAUCACUGUCGUGGAAUAAAAUACAAGGCUCAGGAUCAAAAUCAUUUUGCCCUCGUCCAACAUAUCCUUGGCAAGAGAAGGAGUUUUGGUACCGCGAUGCGUAUCCGCCUGAGUUCGUUACAUUCCUCGUGGAGCAAAACACUGAUAAAGGAAGCAAGACAUCCGCUACUUUUCAUCCUCUUUUGGGCAAAACUGUCCCGACAGAAAGAUUCACUGGACUACAUGCUUGGGAAUCUGAAAUCAACUUGCACAAUGUUUCAUUCAUCGAAGAUCACAAAUUCUCUCAAUCACCAAACCCGGUGAUACCUUCAACGGUUUAUAUUGAGAUGAUAGCUGCAAUGUCAUUGCAUUUAUCUCCACGGUCACUGCCAGAUAUACGGAACAUUAGCUUUGAUCAUCUUCUGACCAUUUCCAACAACGAUUCAUACAGGAUAAGAACACGUCUUCUACCUGGAAAAUCACCGGGUGAAGACAAACCAUUUCAGAUCACACUUGUAGAAAGCAAUGAGGAAGAGAUAGUCAUCUCUCAAGGUUCCAUUCAGCUUGGCAUUGAUGACGAGCAUUCGUCGAAAGAAGCCUCUCCGGAAGAGAAUCUCUACGCCAUCGAAGUUCUCAAAUCUGCAAUGGAAGAAUGGUCAAAAGCAGAUGUUCAAAAGGUCCGUGAAGAUGUGGGUUUCGCAUUCGGUCCUCGAUUCGAUUUGAUUAGCCAGGGGUGGUCUAAUGGCAGUGAAGCGCUUUCUCUUAUCAUUCCAACUGAAGAGAUCAUCAAUUCAUCUGCAUAUGUUAUGCACCCUUGUGUAAUUGAUGCAUGUUUGCAGACAACCCUUCUAUUAAAAAGUAUUGCUGGUAAAUAUGUUCCUAAAGAGAUUACCAACAUCACAAUUUUGCGAAAUUCAAGGUGCACUCAACAGUUUUAUGCUCAGGCAAAGAUCGUAAGUUCUGGAAAAACGCCAACCUACAAUAUUACCCUUAUGGAUCAAUAUGGCCAAGCUGUGAUGAUUAUUGAGAAGUUCAUAACGGUGGAAAUUCUAUUAGACAAAGAGGAAGUAACAUUUGAUAACGCCACAUUCACUUUUGGUUGGCAACAGAUGGCGACUGGAUCUUUAAGAGGUGGUCAGGACUACAUUUGGCUUAUUCUGAGAGACCAAAGCGAGUUUGCUGAACGUUUUACACAACAUAUUCCCCAAUGCGAUUCUGUUCACUUUUUUGAUGCUCAUGAUACCUCAGAUAAAUGUCGUGACGCGUUUUCUCAUGCACUAGAUGAACUACUUGGGAAGAUAAAAGGCAAUGAAAAGUGGCGUGUGAUCAAUUUCUGGCCUGUGGAUGCGAGCAAAUUUGACGCGGAUGCAAACAAUUUUGGCAUUGUCCACAGUCUUGCGUUCGAGAGUUGUCUUUCAAUUUCUCAAGAAAUUUUAAAAAGAGAGGCUCUACUCGAAAAUAUUCAUCUCACUUUUGUCACAUCAGGAGUGGUUUCAAUUCCUGAUUACCAUCAAACUCCAACCAGCACAUUUCCAUGGUCUGCCUCUGUCCUCGGAUUCAGAAGAACCUUCUCACAAGAAAUCGCUGUCCCUGCUGCCUCAGUAAUCGAUUUGCCUGCCAAGCCUACCGACGAAGAUUUUCAUGCAAUGUUACAAGAGUUUGAAAACACUGUGCUGGAAGAAGAAAUUGCUUUUCGAAAUGGUGUACGGUAUGUCAAUCGUAUUAAGACGUUUGACCCUGGCGAGACUAAAAUUACGAAACGAGAAUCGCCCUUCUAUAAAGAUGGGACAAGAAAGCAGGUCACGAUGGCAAAUAUAUCAGGUCAGUUGUUCCUACAGAAAGGGGCGGAGUGGGUUACAGAAAAAAUGCAAAUUGAAAUCCACUCUGUCUGCCCUAUCCUUCACGAACGUUGGGAGAAUCUGAGAAUGAAUGAUCGUGUUUCAAUAAGUGGAAAAGUAUGUAAUGGACACAAGGAAAACCACGGCUCCUUUGUUGUUGGUGUAUGUAAAGUCAGCGAUCUUGGAAGUUUCGUUGCCGCAGAGAAGUGCUCUUUCACAGAGAUGAAUGUCGAUUUUACAGCACAACAAGCUGCGUCGAUUGGAUUCCCAAUGGCAAUGUCCUACCAUAUUAUCGCAAAUAUUCUUCGUGAUUUGGAAGGGGAAAUAAAUGUCCUUUUCUAUCACCAAAAUGAAGUAGUGUGUUUCAUCUUCGCUUGCGUCGCAGCCUCCAUGGAUAAGAAGGUUGUGUGUCUUGUGGAAAAUAAAUCAAGUAAAAACAGAAUAAAGCAAUUCGGAAAACUCUUGGUUAUAACAAAGGAGGAAAUAACAAGAUCAGUACAAAUGGAUGUUUGUCUCGGGGAAUUAGAUGCCGUUUGCCUUCUCAGUAGAAUCGGUACUUACGUCACACGUCAAAUAGUGAAACAUCUGAAACCAAAAGGUACUGUAAUUUCAAGUACUCUCAAUGGUGUAAAAACUGUGACGCUUAACCCCUGGAUUCACAUGAAUGAUGUCCGCUUUAUUUUGACCAGUUUACAAAACAUCACUGAAAACUCUGGGAAUUUUUCAGAAUUAUUGCACUCGUGUUGUUCAGUUCUGAAAUCGAAAGGACUCUGGAAAAACCUUUUGAGUAUACCUCAAGAAGCUUCCAGCAUAUACGAAGUUACGGUGUUCCGCGAUGAAUCUAAUAAGCAAUGCAUAGAGAAAGCGUCUGAUGUUGAAAGCAAGAAGGAAUUUGGUUUAAAAACAGUUUCUCUAAAACCUACGACUAUUCCUGAUCAAGUUGAUUUUUACAGUUUACCGCUUGACGACAAUGGUUUAAAAAAAGAUCGCACUUACCUUGUCAUUGGAGGUGUCCGUGGUUUUGGAUUCGAGGUCGCAAGAUGGAUGGUUGAAAAUGGGGCGAAAACAGUCGUGUGUACAGCUCGCUCAGCGCCAAGUGAAGAAAAGAUAGCGGAGGUCCAACGUUUGGAGAAGAAAACGGCAUCUCGUAUAAUUCUACGCCAAGCAGACGUGACAUCAUGGAAAGAAAUGGAUGUAAUAAAGAGUGAACUAGAAAGAUUGCCUUCAGUAGCCGGAAUAGUGUUUACUGCUAUGGUAUUAGUUGAUCAAUUGCUUAUUAAGGCUGACCUAAAGACAUGCAGAAAAGUUGUGGGAACUAAAAUACAAGGAAGUGUUAUUCUUCACCAACUCAGUCUUUCGAUGGAUCUAGAUUUCUUCAUUAUGUUUUCCUCAAUAUCCGGGGUUCUUGGUAAUGCUGGCCAAGUAUCUUACGCUGCAGCUAACUCCUUUUUGGAUCAACUGUGCGAAUAUCGUCGAAACACACUUGGACUGCCUGCCUUGUCUAUUAACUGGGGGCCGAUUAGUGGCGUUGGGGUGCUGGAGAGAAAAAAUAAUAUUACAUCCAUCCUAGAAACGUACGGAUUAACCCCCCUUCGUUAUUCAAAAGCAAUUGAAUUCAUGCAGGCUAUUAUUCUUCAAAAUUUUAACGAAGCUCAAGUCUGUGUAUGUCCUGUGAAUUGGCAAGUUUAUCUUAAGAAAAAUACUUCCCCAAGAUUGCAACAGAAGCGAGAUGAAACCAUGGUGGUUGCUGACGAUGUUAUGAAGUUGGAAGACCUAGCACUACAGCCGCUAGAGUUUAGAGUUAAUUACGUUCAAGAUUUUGUUAAACGUCUGCUCAGCUCAUGGUCGGGAAGUGAAAUUUCAGAACUAGACCUAAACAUGGCACUCCACAAGUAUGGCAUCGAUUCCAUUGCCGCGACAAACAUGAAACUUCGAAUUAAAAGUAGCAUUGGUGCAAACUUUGAAACGUUCUAUUUUGUCCAACCAAAAGUUAAUGGUCUAACAAUCGUGAAUGAUAUCCUGGAACAAAUCGACAAUAUCAAUACGAAGAGUUUAAAGAAUGGAUCUGAAGGAAAGGUCAAUCAAAGGAAAAACAGUUUGCCAGAUAACAAAGGGAAAGAUUUCUCAUCAUACGCAGGUGAAAAUAUUCUCUCACCAGAAUUUACCUCUGUUUCCGACGUUAACAAUGAAAAUGAACUGGAGCUGAUAUCCGUUGAAAAACCAUCGAACCCCGAGAAAGUAAUCCCGCUCUAUACUCCUGAAAAUGCUUUCGUCAAAGUUUUUAUGGUUCAUGCCAGCCAAAAGACAGCGCUUGCUUUGGCAUCAUUUGCCCAAGGUUUUCAAAAACAGGUCCACAUUGCAUUAUACGGUAUCGGAGUGGAUGACACGUCAUUUCAGAAGAGUGACUAUGGAACAGUGCUGACACUCGCACAACGAUAUGUAGAUUUAAUCAAAAAGAUCCAACCAAGCGGUCCAUUUUACCUCGCUGGUUACUCCUUUGGUGGUCUGUUGGCUUACGAAAUGGCAAGUGAACUGAAACGAAGUAAUGAAACUGCUGCGAUAGUCUUCAUGGUGGAUACGUUUUCGUGGCAUCCAAAAGCUUUAACAAACUGCAACGAAUUUAUGAGAAAGUCAACAGAGUAUAAUUUGAAGAUAACUGAAAAAAUUGUGACAAGACAACUAAUCGAGAAAAUGGCGUUUGUUGAACUGGGUAUAAAUAAACAUGAGCUCGAUAACUUUUAUGAAGAAUUAAAAGACGAAGAUGAAGUCGUUUCUGCUUUGGAGGAUCAAGCGGCUGUAAAGAACCUAGUGUUUCCCUUGAAAGAGAAGGUUGACACAGUUCAGUAUGAACUCAGAUCCGCCGCUACGGCCUACUUAGAUUGGCAGCCUUCUAAGAGAUGCUACGAAGGGGCAUUAAUAUACGUAUGCUCUGAUGAGACGAAGACAUUCUCCCUUUCCACGCCAGCGGUAUGGAAAACGUUAGUUGAGAGAAUGGAUUUGCUCUACGUUCCUGGAAGUCAUCUAGAGCUACGUGAUGAGACUCGAGGAGAAAUAUGUGGAUCAAUGUUGAUGACAGCCGCAGCAAUGGCGUAUCUGUCAAAAUUUCCCUACCACAAUUUCCAGGCAGUGAGAUCAAGGCGUCAAGAGCGACUGGUGGAAUCUCUAAAGCGGGGAAUCGAAAUUUCGAUGCUGUCAAAUCCAAGUUCGUCAAAAUGGAUAAAAGGCACUCUUUUUUUGGAUUUACAAGAAACAGUAUACAGUUUUAGACAUCAGUCUUUUGGAUUUGCCCAGACGCAUAACAUGUCUAUCAAAGACUUGACGAACAUUGUUCCUGGAAGGCACGUUGAUAUAAUCCAGAAAUACCAUGGAAACAAAUCUUACGUUGAUUUGCUGACUUGUAUGCUAACGAAAAAAAGCGGUGUUCAGACGUUCCGAUCCAUGGAUUGGCAGCGACUCAAACUAUUGAUGGAUGGUUUUGAAGCACAUUUUGGGAUACCUUUUAUGCAGUGAUAGGAAAUUUUAGAGAUUACAGACAAUAAGGAUGUCUUGAAGUCGAUAAGAUGUUAAUAUAAGUCGGAACUUAUAUACUGCUCUGUUUUGUUUAACUUUUGUUUUAGAAUAUAGUACAUGAUUUAUAUAAUGCAUGCUUAUUAUCAUGAUGAUCAUUAUCUCAAAACUCUAAUUAAGUU